AUGAGUGUGUUCAGAGGAAGCAGAGGCAUAAACCCGUCCGCAACACUGGACUCACCACCUCCUCUUUCUGCGCAGGUCAUUAAAUCGGACACCUUCAAGCACCUGCGCCACCUGGAGAUCCUCCAACUGUCCAAGAACCAGAUCCGUCAGAUCGAAGUGGGCGCGUUCAAUGGCCUCCCCAACCUCAACACCCUGGAGCUGUUCGACAACCGGCUCACCCUGGUGCCCUCCCACGCCUUCGAGUACCUCAGCAAACUGCGCGAGCUCUGGCUCCGCAACAAUCCCAUCGAAACUCUGCCUGGCUACGCUUUCCAACGCGUGCCCUCGCUCCGCAGACUGGACCUGGGCGAACUCAAAAAGCUGGAUUUUAUCUCCGACGCCGCCUUCGUGGGCCUCGUCAACCUGCGGUAUCUCAAUCUGGGGAUGUGCGGGUUGAAAGACAUUCCCAAACUCACCGCGCUCGUCAGGUUGGAGGAGCUGGAACUCUCCGGUAACCGCCUGGAGAUCAUCCGACCCGGUUCGUUCCAGGGGUUGGUAGCUUUACGCAAGCUUUGGUUGAUGCAUUCGCAAGUUUCCGUCAUUGAGCGGAACGCGUUUGACGAUCUGAAAAGUCUGGAGGAGCUAAAUCUGUCUCAUAACUCGCUCCACUCUUUGCCGCACGAUCUUUUCACGCCGUUACACCAGCUGGAGCGCGUGCAUCUCAACCACAACCCUUGGGUUUGCAACUGCGACAUCCUGUGGCUCAGUUGGUGGCUCAAAGAAACCGUCCCAAGCAACACGACCUGCUGCGCCCGCUGCCACGCCCCGCCGUUCCUGAAAGGGAAGUACAUCGGCGAGCUGGACCAGAGCCACUUCACGUGCUACGCUCCGGUGAUCGUGGAACCUCCGACCGACCUCAACGUGACCGAGGGAAUGGCCGCGGAGCUCAAAUGCCGCACAAGCACCUCCACCACCUCCGUCAACUGGAUCACGCCGAACGGUACGCUGAUGACGCACGGAUCUUACAAAGUUCGCAUUUCCGUCCUGCACGAUGGAACGCUCAACUUUACCAACGUUACGCUCCGAGACACCGGGCAGUACACGUGCAUGGUGACCAACGCGGCCGGAAACACUACGGCUACCGCGGUCCUCAACGUCACGGCGGCGGAUGCUAGCGUAAACUACACGUAUUUCACCACAGUGACGGUGGAAACCAUGGAGACGAACGGGGAGGAGGAGCCAGCGCUUGUGGUCAUCAAUCAGACUUUUAUCCGCAUGCCUCCGGGCCCUACGUCUUCAGGAAACUUACUCCCAGACGGCGCUCCGACCACUGUGUCUUCUCUAUCCGGCAGUUGGUCUUCUUUAUCCCCGAAAGCAACGCGACCGACAUUCACUGUUCCCAUCACAGAACCGGGAUACUCCGGCUUGGACGACGUCAUGAAGACCACCAAGAUCAUCAUCGGUUGUUUCGUGGCGAUAACGUUCAUGGCGGCGGUUAUGCUCGUGGUUUUUUACAAGCUGAGAAAGCAACACCAGCUGCAUAAGCAUCACGGCCCGGCCAGAGCCAUCGAAAUCAUCAACGUGGAGGAUGAACUGGGAGCCGGAGCAGGCGGAAGAGGUAGCGGCAUCUCCGGAGGGUCCACCAUAUCGCAAACCUGCAGCAGCGGAAUCGGAGGCGGGCAAAGUCUGAGGCUGCACCAUCCGGAGAUCGUCAACCUCCCGAACUUGGCGCGAUCGGAGCAUAUGAACCACUAUUACAAAACGCAUCAUUUCAACAAUAACAUGAUGGGGCUGGGGCCAGGUCUGAACAACAACAACAACCCAUCGCCGUGCUCGCCGCCGCAGUCCAUAUCGUGCACCCAGAUUCCUACUUCCAUGGGAGGAGGGAUGCCCACCUGCGGGACUCUGCCCACCCCGGUCCCCUUGCCUCAAAUGGGCCUACACAGUUCGCUGAAAGGCCUCAUGGGAAAAGGCCAAAACGAGCCGCUCCUUUUUAAAAGCGGCUCGAAAGAGAACGUACAAGAGACUCAAAUCUGA